GCAUGACGGGUUUAAGCUAUCCACUUUCUAUACACCUACGCCGAAGAAACACCACUUCAUUCAGGCACAAAUCGAAUCAAAUAUACGUAAAAACAUAACUUUUGUAACAUACUAAAUUACACCAUGUGCAACACUUAACACGGAGCUUUGUGUUAAUAACAUUCCUCCGCGAUUCGUUCGACAAAGUCUACGUUCGAGCACAAAUAUUUGGUUUUCGUCGCGUGAAAGGAGGCUUGUUGCGAUGGUCAAUACCGCCCCAUUGGUGAUGCGCUUGGUGGGGAGUUCGAUUAAGAUUGCACAUCGAGCCGGCCACAUAAUUCGCGAUGUAAUGUGCCGCGGAGAUCUGGGAAUUGUCGAAAAAGGCAAGGAUGAUCUCCAAACUGAAGCCGACCGUUCGGCGCAGCGCUGCAUCGUAGCGUCGCUGUCCAAGCAAUUCCCGAAUGUGACCAUCAUAGGUGAAGAAGGGCCGAGUGAUCUAAAUGUACCUGAUGAUUGGUUGAUCACCGAAAGCAAUACUGAAUUUUUGGAAAAACACAAAUGUCCUGAAACUUUGGCUGAUCUGAAGGAGUCGGAUGUGGUGAUUUGGGUCGAUCCGCUGGACGGGACUAGCGAAUACACCCAAGGAUUUCUAGAGCGUGUAACUGUGCUGAUCGGCAUCGCGAUCAACGAUAGAGCUGUCGGUGGUGUGAUACACCAACCGUACUACAAAACGGAGACUGGUGACAUCGGUCGCACCAUCUGGGGUUUGAAAGGAUGCGGCACGGGCGGCAUUGCGCCAGUCAAACCUCCGUCCGACCGGUUUCUGGUUACAACGACGCGUUCACAUUCCAAUGGUAUCGUCCAAUCCGCAUUAGAUGCACUGGCACCGGAUGAGGUAUUACGUGUCGGUGGUGCUGGUUACAAGGUGCUGCAGUUGCUUGAAGGCAAGGCCCAUGCUUACGUGUUUGCGAGUGCCGGUUGUAAGAAAUGGGACACCUGCGCACCGGAAGCCGUACUGGAAGCGAACGGUGGAACGCUCACAGAUAUGCUCGGGCGUCAUUACAGGUAUGGAAAGGAUGUAAGCUUCCCGAACAGCAGCGGAGUUCUGGGUACCGUUGCCGGAGUGUCGCAUGAUGACGUUCUUUCCAAAAUUCCGGAAACAGUUAAACAGGCUAUGAACGUAGCUUAGACUUGUUCACUGGUUCUAAACAUUGAUAUGAACAUAGUUUUAUUUGUUAGUGAAACAUUGGAAAACUUUGAACCAUA